AUGUUCAUUAUCAAUUGGUUCUGGGACGUCCUUGCACAGCUUGGGCUGCUGCACAAGAAUGCUAAAAUCCUUUUCCUUGGUCUCGACAAUGCCGGAAAGACGACAUUACUCCAUAUGCUGAAGAAUGACCGCCUAGCGACGUUACAGCCUACUCUUCAUCCUACAUCCGAGGAACUCGCAAUUGGCAAUGUCAAGUUCACAACAUACGAUUUGGGUGGUCACUUGCAAGCUCGUCGGCUCUGGCGUGACUACUUCCCUGAAGUGGACGGCAUUGUGUUCCUUGUCGACAGUGCGGACUUUGAGCGAUUCGCAGAGUCUAAGGCGGAAUUGGAUGCCCUUCUGUCCAUCGAAGAACUCUCGAAGGUCCCCUUCCUCAUUCUCGGCAACAAGAUUGACGCCCCCGGUGCUGUUAGCGAGGAGGAACUCAGACAUCACUUAGGCUUAUAUCAGACCACUGGGAAGGGCAAGGUUCCUCUCAGCGACAUUCGCCCUAUCGAGAUUUUCAUGUGCUCAGUCGUGCAAAGGCAGGGUUAUGGAGAGGGCUUCCCUGCAACGUUCUUGCGGAUUGCGCUUAUCGUCUACAGUGAAUGGCACGACGCUCACUCAGUCGUGAAAUAUACAGACAUCGACUACCGUGUUUUCAGUGAUGCCGCUCACUUUGUGCUUCACCCUGUGUCCGACAAUAACGCUCAAGGUCCUAUAGGAGCAUGGCUUACAGUUGGAACCCCGUAUACCAGGGCGACAUAUCGCUAUACACCACUGCUCGCUCUGUUGCUGGCUCCAAACGAAUGGCUGCACGCGUCUUUUGGAAAAUGUUUUUUUGCAGGAUGUGAUAUUCUCGCAGGUAUAUUGAUGUACCGAAUGUUGGUGUCGGUUAUUCUCCCGUCUACACUUCGGUCACCCGGAGCGAAGAUGUCUGAGGGCCAAAAAGAACGCGAUGGGGCUAUUCGACGUCGCGCGACUCUACUUGUUUCGAGUCAUCUAUUCAGCCCCCUUGUGUUCACCAUAUCAACGCGCGGAUCAUCCGAGGCCGUGCUCUCUUUGUUCGUGCUCUCCGCUCUCUACUGUGCUCUUAAGUCCAGGUGGAAUGCCACCGCGCUUUUCUUGGGUCUCAGUACUCAUUGGAAAAUAUACCCUUUCAUUUACGGCAUUGCCUGCCUUGGGGCGAUCAGCAGUGUAACUGGCGUCGGUGGGGGCUGGAAACAGUACCUUGCGCGGAUUCUUAAUCGGGCUACGAUCAAGUUUGGCUUGUUGAGUGCAAGCACCUUUUUGGCCCUGAACGUGUGCAUGUAUGCUAUAUGGGGUUACCCCUUCCUCUAUGAAACAUAUCUGUACCACGUACACCGGUUGGAUCAUCGACACAACUUCUCACCAUAUUUUUACCAGAUUUAUCUCACGUAUACAUCCAUUUCCAUUUCCGAUCUGUCUGGAAUGCCCCUUUGGAAGCGAUUCUUGAGAUCGCCUUUGACUAGUUUCGUGCCUCAGCUGGUUCUCUCACUCGGGUCGGGUCUGCUCUUUGGGCAGCGGAAGGACGAUCUUGUCUUUGCAUGGUUUGUACAGACCGUGACGUUCGUUGUAUUCAACAAAGUUUGUACUUCCCAGUACUUUCUGUGGUAUACGCUUUUUUUGCCGCUCCUCAUCCCGCGGUUGGAUAUCUCUGCCAAGCGCGGUAUGCUCUACCUUGCGGUAUGGGUUGCAGCGCAGGUUCUGUGGUUGAGUGAGGCUUAUAAACUGGAAUUCUUGAGCCAGAAUGUCUUCUUGGGGUUGUGGCUGAGGAGCUUAGUGUAUGUUGUGAUGAACUGCUGGGUAUUGGCACAAAUUAUGGUCCACUAUCAAAUAUCAUCCAGCUCAUAG